GAGCCGCGGCGACCCGCCCGCCAUGGCCCGCGCCCCCGGGCCCGCCACCCUGCGUGCGCCGCCCCCCUCGCCCCGGGGGCGCAGCUGAUCCCGGAAUCCGAGGCGUGGGGCCGGCGGGGCGCGGGGUCCCUUUCCACGCCGGCUUCGAGGACACGCGUCACCCCCGCAUCUCUGCCCGGGACGACCCCGCUGCCCGGCCACGUCCAUGCCAAGGGUUCCCUGCUCCACGCUGACAUGGCUGACAGCAACUUACCACCCUCAUCUGCAGCAGCCCCGGACCCUGAGCCGGGAAUCACUGAGCAGCCCGGGCCCCGGAGUCCCCCUCCAUCCCCUCCAGGCCUGGAGGAGCCAUUGGAUGGAACCAACCCUGACGUCCCGCAUCCAGACCUGGCACCUGUUGCCUUCUUCUGCCUGCGCCAGACCACGAGCCCACGGAACUGGUGCAUCAAGAUGGUAUGUAACCCAUGGUUCGAGUGUGUGAGCAUGCUGGUCAUCCUGCUGAACUGUGUGACCCUGGGCAUGUACCAGCCAUGUGACGACAUGGAGUGCCUGUCAGACCGCUGCAAGAUCCUGCAGGUCUUUGAUGACUUCAUCUUCAUCUUCUUCGCCAUGGAGAUGGUGCUUAAGAUGGUGGCCCUGGGCAUUUUUGGCAAGAAGUGCUACCUCGGGGACACAUGGAACCGCCUGGAUUUCUUCAUUGUCAUGGCAGGGAUGGUCGAGUACUCUCUGGACCUACAGAACAUCAACCUGUCAGCCAUCCGCACUGUGCGUGUCCUGAGGCCUCUCAAAGCCAUCAACCGUGUUCCCAGCAUGCGGAUCUUGGUGAACCUGCUGCUCGACACGCUGCCCAUGCUGGGAAAUGUGCUCCUGCUCUGCUUCUUCGUCUUCUUCAUCUUCGGCAUCAUCGGCGUGCAGCUCUGGGCAGGCCUGCUGCGCAACCGUUGCUUCCUGGAGGAGAACUUCACCAUACAAGGGGACGUGGCCCUGCCCCCUUAUUACCAGCCAGAGGAGGAUGAUGAGAUGCCCUUUAUCUGCUCCCUGUCGGGGGACAAUGGCAUCAUGGGCUGCCACGAGAUCCCCCCAUUGAAGGAACAGGGCCGAGAAUGCUGCCUGUCCAAAGAUGAUGUGUAUGACUUUGGGGCGGGACGCCAAGACCUCAAUGCCAGCGGCCUCUGCAUCAACUGGAACCGCUACUACAAUGUCUGCCGCACGGGUAACGCCAACCCUCACAAGGGCGCCAUCAACUUUGACAACAUUGGCUAUGCCUGGAUUGUGAUCUUCCAGGUGAUCACUCUGGAAGGCUGGGUGGAGAUCAUGUACUAUGUGAUGGACGCACAUUCUUUCUACAACUUCAUCUACUUCAUCCUGCUCAUCAUAGUGGGCUCCUUCUUCAUGAUCAACCUGUGCCUCGUUGUCAUAGCGACCCAGUUCUCCGAGACCAAGCAACGGGAGCACCGGCUGAUGCUAGAACAACGACAGCGCUACCUGUCCUCCAGCACGGUGGCCAGUUACGCUGAGCCCGGCGACUGCUAUGAGGAGAUCUUCCAAUAUGUCUGUCACAUCCUUCGCAAGGCCAAGCGCCGUGCGCUGGGCCUCUACCAGGCCCUGCAGAACCGGCGCCAGGCCACGGGUCCAGGGACACCAGCCCCUGCCAAGCCUGGGCCUCACGCCAAGGAGCCCAGCCACUGCAAGCUGUGCCCACGACACAGUCCUCUGGACCCCACUCCCCACACCCUGGUACAGCCCAUCUCCGCUAUUCUGGCCUCUGACCCCAGCAGCUGCCCUCACUGCCAGCAUGAGGCAGGCAGGCGUCCCUCCGGCCUGGGCAGCACCGACUCAGGCCAGGAAGGUUCAGGUUCUGGCGGCUCUGCAGAGGCUGAAGCCAAUGGAGAUGGGCCCCAGAGCAGUGAAGAUGGGGUCUCCUCGGGCUUGGGGAAGGAGGAGGAACAGGAGGACGGGGCAGCCCGACUGUGUGGGGAUGUGUGGCGAGAGACACGAGCCAAGCUGCGGGGCAUCGUGGACAGCAAGUACUUCAACAGAGGCAUCAUGAUGGCCAUUCUGGUCAACACUGUCAGCAUGGGCAUCGAGCACCAUGAACAGCCCGAGGAACUGACCAACAUCCUGGAGAUCUGCAAUGUGGUGUUCACCAGCAUGUUUGCCCUGGAGAUGAUCCUGAAGCUGGCCGCCUUCGGGCUCUUUGACUACCUGCGAAACCCUUACAACAUCUUCGACAGCAUCAUUGUCAUCAUCAGCAUCUGGGAAAUCGUGGGGCAGGCUGACGGCGGCCUGUCCGUGCUGCGCACCUUCCGGCUGCUGCGGGUGCUGAAGCUGGUGCGCUUCAUGCCGGCGCUGCGGCGUCAGCUCGUGGUGCUCAUGAAGACCAUGGACAACGUGGCCACCUUCUGCAUGCUGCUCAUGCUCUUCAUCUUCAUCUUCAGCAUCCUUGGGAUGCAUAUCUUUGGCUGCAAAUUCAGCCUCCGGACGGACACUGGAGACACAGUCCCUGACAGGAAGAACUUCGACUCCUUACUGUGGGCCAUCGUCACAGUGUUCCAGAUCCUCACUCAGGAGGACUGGAACGUUGUCCUGUACAAUGGCAUGGCCUCCACCACCCCCUGGGCCUCCCUCUAUUUUGUUGCCCUCAUGACCUUUGGCAACUACGUUCUCUUCAAUCUCCUGGUGGCUAUCCUGGUAGAGGGCUUCCAGGCUGAGGGUGAUGCUAACCGCUCCUACUCUGACGAGGACCAGAGCUCAUCCAACUUGGAGGAGUUUGACAAGCUCCCAGAGGGCCUGGACAACAAUAGAGAUCUCAAGCUCUGCCCGAUACCCAUGACACCCAAUGGACACUUGGACCCUAGCCUCCCUCUGGGUGGGCACCUGGGUCCUACCGGUGCCAUGGGUACUGCCCCCCGCCUCUCACUGCAGCCAGACCCGGUCCUGGUGGCCCUAGACUCCCGGAAAAGCAGUGUCAUGUCACUGGGCAGGAUGAGCUAUGAUCAGCGAUCCUUGUCCAGCUCCCGAAGCUCCUACUACGGGCCCUGGGGUCGCAGCGGGACCUGGGCCAGCCGCCGCUCCAGCUGGAAUAGCCUGAAACACAAGCCACCCUCAGCUGAGCAUGAGUCCCUGCUCUCCGGGGAGCGGGGUGGUAGCUGCGUCAGGGCCUGUGAAGGUGCCCGGGAGGAGGUGCCACCUCGAGCAGCACCUCUGCAUGCCCCGCACACCCACCACACGCACCAUGGACCCCACCUGGCUCACCGUCACCGCCACCACCGCCGGACUCUGUCCCUCGAUACCAGGGACUCUGUUGACCUGGCAGAGCUGGUGCCUGUGGUGGGUGCCCACUCAUGGGCUGCUUGGAGGGCCGCAGGCCAGGCCCCUGGGCACGAGGACUGCAAUGGCAGAAUGCCCAACAUAGCCAAGGAUGUCUUCACCAAGAUGGACGACCGCCGCGACCGUGGGGAGGAUGAGGAGGAAAUCGACUACACCCUGUGUUUCCGCGUCCGCAAGAUGAUUGAUGUGUACAAGCCCGACUGGUGCGAAGUCCGUGAGGACUGGUCGGUCUACCUCUUCUCCCCUGAGAACAAGUUCCGGAUCCUGUGUCAGACCAUUAUUGCUCACAAGCUUUUUGACUAUGUGGUCUUGGCCUUCAUCUUCCUCAACUGUAUCACCAUCGCUCUGGAGAGGCCCCAGAUCGAAGCUGGUAGCACUGAGCGCAUCUUCCUCACGGUGUCUAACUACAUCUUCACAGCCAUCUUCGUGGGCGAGAUGACACUGAAGGUGGUUUCUCUGGGCCUGUACUUCGGUGAGCAGGCAUACUUGCGCAGCAGCUGGAACGUCCUGGAUGGUUUCCUGGUCUUCGUGUCCAUCAUCGAUAUCGUGGUAUCCGUGGCCUCUGCAGGGGGAGCCAAGAUUCUGGGGGUCCUCCGGGUCCUGCGGCUCCUGCGUACCUUACGUCCUUUGAGGGUCAUCAGCCGGGCCCCUGGGCUGAAGCUGGUAGUGGAGACGCUCAUCUCCUCCCUCAAGCCCAUCGGCAACAUAGUCCUCAUCUGCUGCGCCUUCUUCAUCAUCUUCGGCAUCCUGGGGGUGCAGCUUUUCAAAGGCAAGUUCUAUCACUGCCUGGGAGUGGACACCCGAAAUAUCACCAACCGGUCUGACUGUGUGGCCGCCAAUUACCGCUGGGUGCAUCACAAAUACAACUUUGAUAACCUGGGCCAGGCUUUGAUGUCCCUCUUUGUCUUGGCCUCCAAGGAUGGCUGGGUGAACAUCAUGUAUAAUGGAUUGGAUGCUGUUGCUGUGGAUCAGCAGCCGGUGACGAACCACAACCCCUGGAUGCUGCUGUACUUCAUCUCCUUCCUGCUCAUUGUUAGCUUCUUCGUGCUCAACAUGUUUGUGGGCGUGGUCGUGGAGAACUUCCACAAGUGCCGGCAGCACCAGGAGGCUGAGGAGGCACGGCGGCGUGAGGAGAAACGUCUAAGGCGCCUGGAAAAGAAGCGCCGUAAGGCUCAGAGGCUGCCCUACUAUGCUACCUACUGUCCCACAAGGCUGCUCAUCCACUCCAUGUGCACCAGCCACUACCUGGACAUCUUCAUCACCUUCAUCAUCUGCCUCAACGUGGUUACCAUGUCCCUGGAGCAUUACAACCAGCCUACAUCCCUAGAGACAGCCCUCAAGUACUGCAACUACAUGUUCACCACUGUCUUUGUGCUGGAGGCUGUGCUGAAGCUGGUAGCAUUUGGCCUGAGGCGUUUCUUCAAGGACCGAUGGAAUCAGCUGGACCUGGCCAUUGUGCUGCUGUCUGUCAUGGGCAUCACACUGGAGGAGAUCGAGAUCAAUGCGGCCCUCCCCAUCAACCCCACCAUCAUCCGUAUCAUGCGCGUUCUACGUAUUGCCCGGGUGUUGAAGCUGUUGAAGAUGGCCACAGGAAUGCGGGCCCUGCUGGACACGGUGGUACAGGCUCUGCCCCAGGUGGGCAACCUGGGCCUCCUCUUCAUGCUGCUCUUCUUCAUCUACGCUGCUCUGGGAGUGGAGCUCUUCGGAAAGCUGGUCUGCAAUGACGAGAACCCGUGUGAGGGCAUGAGCCGGCACGCUACCUUCGAGAACUUCGGCAUGGCCUUCCUCACACUCUUCCAGGUCUCCACAGGCGAUAACUGGAAUGGGAUUAUGAAGGACACUCUGCGAGACUGCACCCACGAUGAGCGUAGCUGCCUGAGCAGCCUGCAGUUUGUGUCACCUCUAUACUUUGUGAGCUUCGUGCUCACGGCUCAGUUCGUGCUCAUCAACGUGGUGGUGGCCGUGCUCAUGAAACAUCUGGAUGACAGCAACAAGGAGGCCCAGGAGGAUGCAGAGAUGGAUGCUGAGAUCGAGCUGGAGAUGGCCCAUGGCCUGGGCCCCAGCCCUUGCCCCUGCCCUUGCCCCUGCCCCUGUCCUGGCCCCAGGAUGCCCACUAGUUCACCGGGGGCUCCCGGCCGAGGAUCAGGAGGGGCAGGUGUUGAAGGCGACGCUGAGAGCCACCUGUGCCGGCACUGCUAUUCUCCAGCCCAGGAGACCCUGUGGCUGGACAGCGUCUCUUUAAUCAUCAAGGACUCCUUGGAGGGGGAGCUGACCAUCAUUGACAACCUGUCUGGCUCCAUCUUCCACCACUACUCCUCACCUGCUGGCUGUGGCAAGUGUCACCAUGACAAGCAAGAGGGACCUGUUGCUCAGCGCUCCAGGCCCAGGCUGCCCCAUCCCAGCCCCAGGGUGACCCGAGGCCACCACCUCCCCCUGCAGGUGCAGCUGGCCGAGACAGAGGCCUUCUCCCUGAACUCAGACAGGUCCUCGUCCAUCCUGCUGGGGGAUGACUUGAGUCUUGAGGACCCCACGGCCUGCCCGCAGGGCCCCAGGGAGAGCAAGGGUGAGCUAGAGCCUCCGGAGCCCAUGCAGGCUGGAGACCUGGAUGAAUGCUUUUUCCCCUUUGCCAGUGAGCCAAUGUCUGCAGGCCCAGAGAGCCUGCUGUGCGAGAUGGGGGCCAUCCCGUUCAACCCUGUCCAGUCCUGGCUCAAACACGAGAGCGGCCAAGCACCUCCGAGCCCUUUCUCCCCGGAUGGCUCCAGCCCUCUACUGCAGAUGCCUGCUGAGUUCUUCCACCCUGCUGUGUCUGCCAGCCAGAAGGGGCAGGAACCGGGCAUGAGUGCGGGGACCCUGCCCAAGAUCGCACUUCAGGGGUCCUGGGCAUCCCUGAGGUCACCAAGUGUCAACUGCACCCUCUUGCGCCAGGCUACUGUAAGUGACACAUCAUUGGAUGCCAGCCCUAGCAGCUCAGCGGGCAGCCUGCAAACCACAUUGGAGGACAGUCUGACCCUGAGUGACAGUCCCCGGCGUGCCCUGGGGCCACCGGUCCAGGUACCUGGGCCACGGGCUAGCCUGUCACCGGCGACCCGGCGCCGCCUCAGCCUGCGUGGGCGUGGCCUGUUUAGCCUGCGUGGUCUGCGGGCCCAUCAGCGCAGCCACAGCAGCGGUGGCUCCACCAGCCCUGGCUGCACUCAUCACGACUCCAUGGACCCCUCUGAUGAGGAGGGCCGCGGGGGCGCAGGCGGCGGGGGCGCGGGCAGUGAGCACUCCGAGACCCUCAGCAGCCUGUCACUCACAUCUCUCUUCUGCCUACCACCCACGCUGCCACCACCCGGCCUCACCCCAGCCAGGAAGUUCAGCAGUACCAGCAGCCUGGCCGCUGGACCUGGCCGUCCUGGCUCCACUGUCUUGGCCCGCGGCCUGGCCAGGAGCCCCUCAUGGGCUGCAGACCGCAGCAAGGACCCACCAGGCCAGGCACAGCUGGCCUCAGGCUUGGGCUCAGCACCCGAGCCACAGCCACCUCCCGGGGAGUCAACGGAUGCAGCGAGCAAAAGGAAGAGAUGAGGGGCCGCAGGGGCUGCGGGGGACAUGCUACCCGCAAUCCUCCCGCCUGCCCCAUCUUGCCUUCUUUUAACCUCAGGAGCCAGGGAGCAGACAGCAAUACUUUGCCCACACCUGGGAGUGGCAUAGGGGCCAGCCAGCGCCGGGCCACUGGGCAGGCGACUGAGAGGAUCUGGGUUAGCCGAGGCUCAGAUGUGGCCCCAUCCGAGGCCCUUCCAGUGCAUAUGCAGAUAUAUACAUAUAUAUAUAGAGACAGACAUAUAUUUAUUUAUUUUUUUUACUGAGAGCUUAUGAAUUCCAGAACGUGCUAAAGUGGAGGGUGCAGGCCAGGGCCCAGACAGGGGUCUCGUCUGUUGGUUACAGCACAGAUAUUCCUGCUAGGGCGUCUGUGGCUGUAGUUUUAGGGGUCUCCCUGAGUUGAGAGCAGCUUGGGAGGGCGUUCGGGGCCCAGGAGACAGAAGAGAAGCAAUUCAGGGUGCACCUUUUUUUCCCUUUUAAAGAGCCCCUACUAAGUUCCCCACCCCUACCCACACGUCAGGGUGUCAGUCUUGUCCCUCUGACUAUCGUGUUGUUGUGAAGUCUUUUGUAGACACUCUUGACACAAACUUUCUUAGCCGGCUAGAUGUUCUCUUUAGAAAAACCAGGGGGGAUUUUAGUCAUAUUUCUUAGAGCAGGGUUGGGGGACAGGGUAGUUCUGAGGCUGGACAAGGGGCUCAGGGUGCAGUUUAGAUUUCUCUGAGCAUGAUGAGGGGACAGUUACCCCCCCAAAGGCAGCAAACAGGAAUAAUUGAUGCAAGAGACGGGGCAGGUGAAAGGGGCCAGUGGUACUUGGUCCACGUGGAUGCCUGCUUCCCCCGGCUGUCAGGUGCACAGGAACCUUCUGUCCUGAUCCACUAUGAAGGCCUAGUACUUCAGCAUUCCUGGGAUUAUGGCCACCCACCCUGAGCAAUCCCACCCUUGCUGCAGGGGUGUUUGGAGUAACAAGGUAACAAAUCCUAAGUGGGCUCUGAACAUCUGCCCAAACCCUGGCUCCAGCCCCCUCCCCAACCCCCCAACACUCUUAGCCUCCUGCCCAGUUACCCAGACAGUCACAUCCUCGGACUCAUGCUUACCCCUGAGUAUGUCUUGCUGUCUCAAGCUACAGGCUGGGUCUCUCUAUGGUCCUGCUCCCUGAAUGAGUUCAGGACGGGUGGUUUUAUUUGAGCUGUAAAGUGGAUGGGUUUAAAAUCAGCUGGAAGAGUGUGACCUGCUGUUCAGGGCAGUAUCAUGGGGUGCUCGCCCACACUACCAAGGGUCACCUUGGGCCCUGCUAAGAGCAUAAGCGUUCUGUCUCUGCUUCCAAAUCCUGAGUUCUCAGAAGUAGGCUUCUAGCCAGGCCAGUGAGCAGCAGCAGCAGCAUUGGUGUUUGUAGGCUCCUCCGGGGUGCUCCCGUCUAGCGCAGGGAAUCCCGGGGUCAGGGUAUUGUGAGAAAGUGAGGGAUGAAGUAUUGAGGAGUGCUGCCUGUAAAGCCCUUCUUACAGGUGAGGAGCGGGAAAGCGGUUGUUAGACCCACUUUACACAUGGGUAAAUUGGGGCUCUUGGUAACAGAAGCAGCCAUUUGG